GGCUGGGAACCCGGAGCAAAACUCUACAGAGCUCUCUGCGUGCCCGGCAUCGCAGCACUGAGGAGGCUGAGGCCGGAGGUCAGGAGUUCGGGGCCAGCAUCGAUUACACGGGGAGUUAAGAGAGUGUCCCAAACUGUUCAAACGGGGCCAGCUGUCCCGGAAGCCCCAGCCCCGUGGGUUUCGCGAGUUUUGUGCCGCCUGAGGAUCGGAGGAGCUGUGAAGAGAAGAGCAUGUCCCAGGGCCUGCUGGGUAGGAGCCACAUCGGUAGACAGAGGCACAGAGCACCCGGACACCGUGGUGUCAGAACCCACAUAGGGCUGUGGCAACCAUUUUGGGCAACAAGGAAGACCUGCUAAGGAGACACAAAACUGGCAUUGUUUUGUUUUGUUUUGUUUUUGAGAGAAGGCUGGCCGUGAAGACACUGUGUAGCCGAGGAUAACCUUCAACUCCAGAUCCUCCUGCCUCCACCUCUGGAGUGCUGGGCUGACCGGGGAGAUUUCCACCCUCCAGAAGCAGCUCCUGAGCUCUGAGACCAUCGUCCGCAACCUGCAGGCCCAAGUGGACCAGAAGGACCAGAUGAUCCAGCAGCUGCAGCCCCAGGCUGACCUGCUACGGGACAUCACUCGAUGGCGACCACCCCUGGCUGCCCUGCUGGCUGCCCUGGAGGAGGCUGAGCGACUGGGCCCCUUGCCGGCCAGUGACCAGGGACAGCUACUUCCUGAUGGGCCGGGUCCACCCCUGGGCAACAGCAUAGAGGAGGGCCAGGGCCAUCUGCAGCCUGGCGUGUUUGGGACCACGGUGUGAGCUGCCCUGGUGGAUCAGAUCUCAGAGUCUGUGGCCAAGGUCCAGAGCCCUGGAUGUCACCAGAGCCCCGAAGGGGACCUGGGACAUUACUGUGAUCCUAAACAUCCAAAAGGCCAAGAUCUCAUUUUAAGAAGUUUCCCCCCAGUGCUUGGGGUAUCUGCUACAUUUAGUUAAUUUUAAAUAAUUUCAAAAAUAAACAAAGGCUGAGGCAGUGGCUCAGUGGUGGAGCCCCCACCUAGCAUGCACAGGCGUGGUGGCAGACUGGCAAAUGCACACCCACCAUCCCAGCACCAGUGAAAUAAUGGCAGUCUGACCCCUUAUCUCAGUUUGACUCUGAAGCAGUGCUGUUUCCUGUUGGAGACAGGGUCCCACAUAGCCCAGGCUGGCCUCUCACUUGCUGUCUAGGAAGGGUGACCUUGAGCUCUGCUGGGAUGACAGGCACCCACCACCAGGCCCUAUCUUCUUUGGGUUUUCUGUUUUUAUUUUUGAUGUGGAUGGGGUCUCCCUCCAUAGUCCAGGCUUCCCUGGAACCCAGUCUCCCAAUUGCUUCAAAUAUAGGUGUGAGCCACCGUGCCCUGCUGAUGGGAGUCCCCUUUUUACUCUUACGCCUCCUGAGCUGCCACCCCUCAUCUGGGUCAGAGUGUCUUUAUUUCACCUUCUGUUGCUUCUGUGUAAGAAGACAAAUCAUUAAUCCCAGAUCCAUUUCCCUUACCUCCAUCUUUCCCUCAGGAGAGAGCAGGCAGGUUGAGACACCACCAUGAAAGCCUCAGCCUUUGCCUCAGGGCCUCUAUUGUCUGUUGCCUGUGCCUCAGUGCUUUCCCCAAAACACUCAGGUUUCUCUCAAAUGUCUCCUUCUAUCCUGACCAGCCUCCCUGUAGUAACUCCUACAACCAGGCUGCUGCCUUCCACUGUGAUUGUUUUGUUUUUUUGAUGCAUAAUUUUGUGUAGCUCAGACUGGCCUCAAACUUUUUAUGUAUCCUGGGCAGGGUUUGGACUUCUGAUCUUUCUGCCUCCUAUCCACUUAAGUGCCUGCCACAGAUGGCUAAACCCCCGCACAGCCAGGAGCCUCCCCAACAUCUGAUGAGCCCUUGCCCUGUUCUGGGUACAAAACAUUGGUGUUUUUGUAGCAAGUGUCCUUUUUGAUACCCUAAGAGAAUCUAUUUUUUAACUCCUAGUUUCAAUGCUGUCCCCAGCCUAUGAGGGUGUGUUGUCUUUGUUAGAGGGCUGAGAGGAAUGGCUCCCCCACACCCCUGCACCAGCAGUUGGUCUGUUGAGUUUCAUGGUCCCCAUGCUCAGGGAAUUGUCCUUGAGCAGCCACCAAGCAGGAAGGUAGGAGCUGCUCCAACCAGAAGGGCCCCCAGCUGACCAGUCCCUGGAAUGUGCUGACUUCCUGCCUGGGACCCUCAGCAGAGGAGACAGAGGGGAGAAGGGAGUUGUUUAUACAGGGGAAGCAGGCUAGGGCCUGCCCUGUCUGCACCAGAAUAAACCAGUUAUUUCUCA